CGACCAUAUCCUGCCAGUCUUCUCAGGUUAUAAGAAGGGUCAUUACCAACCAAAUAUGUCAAAUUAUCCCUCGCAAAAUUUUCUACACCAACAUCAAUACACAUCGCAGCAGCAGCAGCAGCAGCAACAACAACAGCAACAGCAUCAUCAUCAACAACAACAGCAGCAGCAGCAGCAGCAGCAACAGCAACAUCUUUCAAACUAUCCAUAUCAAUCUACUUCUAACCUGUCUACACUCUCUCAGCCAUCUUCGCUAUCAACAACCGUCUCACAUUACGCCCUCACUGACGCAAACCCGCUUCGCACAUGGCCUGCAGUACCUCCAACGUCUACUCAUCCCACUUUCUCUAAUAAUAUACAUCAGCCGGACGACAGCUCGGAUGGUGGAGGUCAAUUCAGUGAAGACGGGGACUCGGUCGGCCCUCUUGGACCAUCCGGUGUUCAGAACCGCAACAAUCUUAACCCUACAUCUAACUUCUUCACCCCCAUCUCCACACUACCCAAAAAGAAAAAAGACGCCAAAGAAGUUAAACGUAGAAGUAGCAAAGCUUGUGAUAACUGCCGAAAAUCGAAGUGCAAAUGCACACGCGCACCCGAUCAAAACGGAGUUAUUCCUACAUCUGGUCCUUGUCAAAAUUGCCUUACCACUGGUGCCGAGUGCACUUUCAAUGGGGCCUCGCGGAAAAGAGGUCCUCCCAAAGGUUAUAUCGAAGCCAUCGAGUCAAGGCUUCAUCGAAUGGAAGCUUUGCUAGGAGGUCUGCUUCAAAAUGAUGACCCGCGAGCUCAAGCAUUACUCUCUGAACUGAUCGGUGAUAAUGAAGUGAGAAACUUGCUCAAAAAAGAUCUACAAGCUGCCGCUGAACAAGGUUUCAAUGGCAAGAUCCGCAAGUCUUGGAAGUUGCCUGAGUUUCCGUCUAUCAGCCCUCAGACAGACUCAUCCAAAACUGAUCUCAACCUCACCGAGCCUCAGAAGUUACUCUGGGGCGUUAGUCAUUUUGAUCAGUCCGGUCGCCCCUCAUCUCGCUCGGCUCAAUCUCGGCCCAAGACACCGGCUGGCACUCAUGCUAGUGGUGACAAUCCAUCCCCAGACUCUGGCCUUGACUCCGACCUCGAUGACCGCGCUAGCCUGGAAUCAUCUCACCCGAAUGACAAUGAAGCUGGUCAACACCGGCGCCGGCGCCGUCGCCUUGAUUCGAAUGCCGACACCAAUCCUUCUAAGCACAGCUCAAGCAUCGUCCCAGCUGAAGGUAAUCGAGCUCCACCUAGGAUAUCUCUCAAGGAUCUUGCAGAUGUAGCAGGACAGAUUAGUGCCGACGAAAAUCUGGACCUCAGAUAUCAUGGGAGAUCAUCAGGAUUACAUCUAUUGUCUAAAUCACAACGCUACAAGGACUUCUUUUGGUACUUCCCUCAACCUGGGCUAUGGCCAGUCGCAUUGAACCGAAAACCGAAAACCGAAUUAGACCUCUUGAAUAUGAUCGAACCAUUAGAAGCCUUACCUUCACGAGAGAUGAUGAACCAUCUUCUUGAUCUUUAUUGGUCAUUUGUACAUCCUAUCCUACCUGUACUUCACAAAUCUGAAUUCAUGUCGCAAUUUGAGGAAGUCUUCAAUAAACUAGACGCCAGAGAGAAAGCCAAUCCUGGGUUGGAUCGUAACCUGAAUUGGGUUACAUGUCUUCAAGAAAUUGCAAACAAUCCCACUUGUACAACUGAUCAAGAGCAACCGUCUCAUACCAACACUCGAUCGUCUGGUCACACACAAAUCUCAACCCUACUUUUACUUGUCAUCUUCUCGGUGGCUUCUAGAUAUUCUGAUUUAGCAUCUGGGCCUCCUGAAGAACAUGAGUAUUGGAACUCGGGUGAUCAUUAUCUUGAAAAGGCCAAAAAGAUCCUUAAUUACCACUAUGCUUGCAGUAAAUUGACAAACUGUCAAGCCCUUAUCUUGUUAGCUUACCGAGAGAUUGGGAUUGGUGCCAUGGCAGAUAGCUGGCUCCUCAAAUUUUCAUCCAUCACCAGAUAUACGGGGAUGGCAAUUCGGAUGGCACAAGAUAUGGGAUUAUAUCGAGAGAUCGAGAAAUGGCAUGUACCGCUUAAUCAAUUCACAUCAGAGGAAAAACAAACUAGGAAACGAGUUUGGUGGGCCUGUGUGAUUUUGGAUAAGUAUGUCAGUACUUACAUAGGUCGACCGAUGAUGAUAUUCGAACGUGACUACGAUACAGAGUUUGCAUCACAAGAUGAGCCAGAUGAGCAUGAAGCUUGGGCAGGGUUAAGACCAAAUGGGUCAAAGAUCAUGUUGAAUCGAGAGCCAAAAAUUAGCGAUGGUCAAAUUUUAACUGCUGAUGAAAGUGUCACUGACGGCAAUCGAAAGUCUGGACCUCAAGACGCAAUAAAUCGAACUGAGAUAGAAAGUCAAACAAGGAUCACUUCCUCAAUCAAUACGCAGCAGCCUAAAGCCGACAUCCAGGGAAACAAGUCAGGGGGAAAUCCUGGAGAACUCAAAUCACAUGCCAUCUCAUGCUUCAAUCGAUCAGCGUCACUAUCAGUCCUUAUCAGUCGGAUAGCUGCAAAUAUAUAUGCAAUUCGAACUCGAGUCACCGGUCAAUCAAGUGAAACCCUCUUAGCACUCUUAGAUCAAAAUCUGGCACAUUGGUACCUCGACUUACCUGAACAUUUACAUUACAAUCCGAUUCAUAAAUCUAAUCAUCAGACACCCACCCCACAUCUCUUAACAUUACAUGCUCAGUUCUAUACGGCUCUGAUCCUUUUACAUCGACCUUUCAUUUCGAAAGCCGAGGAAAAUGGAGAUAACGAGGGUUCUUAUCCGUCUCACAGUAUCUGCACAACUGCGGCCAAUGCUAUAUCCAAUAUCGCAAGGAUUUAUGAUCAAUUAUACGGAUUGCGACAAGUUCCAGCUUUUAUGGUCUAUUACGUCUUCACGGCCGCAAUUAUACAUGUCCACAAUUCGACAUCUGAACGUGCUACCAAAAUCACCUCCAAAAGGAAUUUCUUGAGGUGUAUGAAUAGUUUAAAAGGGAUGGCAUCUACUUGGUCAGGAGCAGUACGAGCGUACGAAUUAUUACUCGGCAUGGUAGAUCUACAAGAUGUUGUUGAGGAAGAAGAAGAAGAAGAAG